UGCGAAUUACUAUUAAAUAACACUGCUGUACACUUGCACUUUUUAUUUAGUAUUUGAAAAUCUAAAGCAACACUUACAAGUUCACUAUGACGCCAUGUUUAAAACUUUUGCUAUUUGAUAAGUAUUCGUAAUUUUGAACGCGAUACUGCGAAGUUCAGGUGGGAGUUUUCGAAAAUAUUUUGACGUCUCUUAACAUUCGGAAUUUUAGUCUUACAUAUAAAAAUACUCAGUUUAAUUUACAUUAUGAACAACUCAACAACUAUUAAUCAAUCUGUCAAUCAAACUCAAGGUUGUGAAUUACCAAACAAUUCAUUAGUCUGGCUUGAUUUAUGUUUGUUUCUAACCAUAUCGAUCGUAGCAACUAUUGGAAAUAUUGUAGUUUUUAUUUGUUACUACAAGUUUCAAUCUCUACAUACUGUUACUAACGUGUUUAUGUUAUCUUUGUCUGCAAGCGACCUCUUUGUAGCAUUAUUCUCAAUACCCCUCUCUAUUUCUUUUUUUAUAUGUAACCAUCUACACAAUGAGUUAUAUUACGUUGGAGAUAUGACACCGAGUGUUCUUUCGAUAUACUCUUUAGCACUAGUUGCCGUUGACCGAGCUAUAGCGAUUGCGUUGCCAUAUUAUCACCAGGAAAAGGUAAGCAGAAAAACAGCUUGGGUUGCAGUAGGAAUAACAUGGCUAUUAAUGUUUUCAUAUACGCUGAUAGGGAUGAACUUUCAUGCAACAAGUUCUAACCAAUUUACUGUUUCGGUUGUUUUUAUAACUUACGGUUUUCCUGUUACAGUUAUGGUUUUAUCAUAUGUAAUAAUGGGAGUUGUUGCAAAAAAGCACGCAAAAGAAUUAAAUAAGCUUGAUAAAACAAUGAACAGAUUUCAAAACGAUAAUCUAAGUAAAAAGAAAAAUGCAGAUUUAAUUAUAAAUGAAAAUUUAAAUAAGAAAGGAAAAAAUCAACCAACAGAUAAUCAAGAACUCGUUAGACAUUCAACAAAAAACAAAAUUUUCAAGAGCAAUUCUCUGAACACAACACGACAUUUGAGACGCGAGUUGAAAGCAGCAUUGACGUUAUCAUUAAUUCUAAGUUGUUUUAUAAUUAGUUGGACACCAUUUAUGUCGCUAAACGUUGUAUCGCUUUUCACUUCGCCAAACAAAAUAUUACUUAAGUAUUUUAAAAUACUUCAUUAUAUAAACUCUGCUUUAAAUCCCAUUUUAUACGUUGUUUUGAAUCAGAGGUGGCGGAAGUCCUUUAAAAAGGUAUUAUGUAAAUGGAGAGAAAAUAAAAACCUUCGAUUUGUACAUAGCAUUUCAGAAACUGUAAAUACUAAUGCAAAACCCAGUGGUUGGUGAUAAACAUUUUCUUUGAAGCGUACCUACUUAAAACUAG